AUGGCUUCUCAUACUGACAUUGACUUGAAACCAGAGGAAGAAUUUGUUAGUACACUAUCACCAGAACUGUUACAGAAAGCCACACGAGAACUCAAUGAAAAACCAGAAUGGCGACAGCGAGAUAUUCAAGCUCUGAGAGACAUGUUCACCAAAAGACCAGACAUAAAUUUUUGUUCCGAUAAUGGAUUUCUUUUACGAUUUCUACGAGCUAAAAAAUUUGAUUAUGAACGUGCCUUUCAGAUGUUAGUGAACUAUUAUGAAAUACGUAAGCAGUAUCCAGGGAUAUAUAAUGAACUUUUACCUUCCAACAUUAAACAUAUUUGGGACAAUAAUUUACAAGCCGCUUUACCAAGCCGAGAUCAAGAAGGUAGAAGAAUUGUCAUUUUUCGACCAGGGAAAUGGGAUCCCUCGGAAUACCCAGUACAGGAUCUAAUUAAAGCUAAUUUAUUAACAGUAGAAAAAUUAUUAGAGGAUGAAGAAACUCAGGUGAAUGGUAUUGUGUUGAUUGGUGAUUUAAAAGGUUUUAGGUUUAGCCAUGCCAUGCAUCUUGGACCACUCUUUGCUAAACAAGUCACAUCCAUAUUUCAGAAUGCAAUGCCUAUCAGAAUUAAAGGUAUGCAUUAUGUUAACGAACCAAGGCUAUUUGAUGCUGUAUUCGCAGUUGUUAGACCUUUUCUUAAAGAAAAGCUUAAAAACAGAGCAAGGUAUUUCACUCCUACUGCCUUUCUCUAUCCAGAAGUGAAUGUGAGACUGAUUCGUAUUCAUGGUUCUGAUUUUACCUCACUUCAUGAGUGUAUCCCAUCAUCGUCUCUUCCUGCCGACUAUGGUGGAUCAUUACCUUUUUUCACAAGCCGUCAGUGGAAAGAUGCAAUGUUGAAAUCUGACAAUGAGUUCAAAGAAUCAAGCAAAUAUGGAGUUAUGGAUGAUGGUGAGAUGAAAGAAUUUGCUGAAACACAGUAG